CUCACCACCGGGCGAAAUGCAGCGUCAGAAAUCCAUCCUAUCCUUUCUGCAAAAACCCUCACCGGAAGCCCACAACGCUUCCGGGAAGACGCCUUGCCAGAUUCCGUCGACGCUGCAGCCAGCCCAGGCUUCAAACCUCGGAGGAAUCUCCGCCAAAGUUCCUUUAGCGGAUGAUGUCAGAGGAACCGACACUCCACCGGAGAAGAUCUGUCGCUCACUUUUCACUUCGAGAUUUCCUGCGGCGGUCGAUUUCGAUGACGAAAGCGUGGCGCAGCCCUUCUCGAGCAUACUCCAUAAGUUCGCCAAGAAUGACCAGUCAAAUAGCUCCAGUACAAUGAACCAAAACGACAGUGUUUCAUUUGGUUUGCUAUCUAAAUCCUCUAUGCUUGAGGAUAAUUAUUCAGAAAAGAGAAAUGGAAUGUCCCUUGAAGAUAGGGAAAAUAAUGAUAAUGAUUUUGUUCAUGGCGUUGAUGAGAAGGCGCAAAAUAUAAAAUUUGACUUGGAUUUGCUGGGGCCAGAAACCCCUGCUGUGCGGCCACGUGUUCCUCACUUUAAGCGGAUACAAAAUACAAGUGAUUUUGACCAGGUGACUUGCUCUUUCGUUUCAGGAUUUAAUAAAAGGCAGAAGCUAAAUGAAGAACUCCCAGGAAAAGGAGUUCAUGGUGAUAAAUCUGAUAUUUCUACUAGUAAAUUCGAAUGGCUUAACCCUUAUUCAAUUCGAGAUGCAAAUGGUAGACGCCCUAGUGAUCCAUUGUAUGAUGAGAGAACAUUAUACAUACCGCCUGAUGCAUUGAAGAAAAUGUCAGCAUCUCAGAAGCAAUAUUGGAGCGUGAAGUGCCAAUAUUUAGAUGUUAUACUAUUUUUUAAAGUGGGAAAAUUCUAUGAACUGUAUGAGUUAGAUGCAGAGAUUGGUCAAAAAGAGCUUGACUGGAAAAUGACAGUCAGUGGCGUGGGUAAAUGCAGACAGGUUGGAAUUUCUGAGGCUGGAAUUGAUGAUGCGGUUGAGAAACUUAUAGCUCGGGGGUAUAAGGUGGGCCGAAUGGAGCAAGUUGAGACCUCAGACCAAGCCAAAGCUAGAGGGAAAAAUUUGGUUAUAGAAAGAAAAUUGGUCCUUAUGGCUACUCCAUCCACUGUUGUUGAUGGCAGUAUGGGUCCAGAUGCUGUUCACCUACUUGCUUUGAAGGAGGGGGAAACAAAUAAUGGUUCUACUGUUUAUGGAUUUGCUUUUCUGGAUUAUGCUGCUUUAAAAUUUUGGGUUGGCUCUUUUUUUGACGAUGGUUCCAAUGCAGCAUUGGGGGCCCUGUUGGUGCAAGUUUCACCCAGGGAAGUUCUCUACGAAAAAUCUGGACUCUCUAAAGAAACUCACAAGGCACUUUUGAAAUAUGCUUCAAGAGGUUCGUCAACAAUGCAAAUGACUCCCAUUGUGCUAGAUCUAGGAUUUUUGGAUGCUAAUGAAGUUAAGAAAAUGAUAAAUAGCCAUGGAUAUUUCCGGGGAACUUCUAAUCUAUGGACUACAGCGAUUGAGAGUGAAAUGCACUAUGAUCACGUUUUAUCUGCUCUUGGUGGACUUAUAUGUCAUUUGAAUCGGUUGAAGCUACAGGAUGCUUUGCGCAAUGGGGAGCUUUUGUCUUAUCAUCUGUACAAAGAUUGCCUAAGGAUGGAUGGUCAGACCCUCUUGAAUCUUGAAAUUUUUGGAAAUAAUUUUGAUGGUGGCUUAUCAGGGACAUUGUAUAAACAUCUCGACCAUUGCAGAACUACUUCUGGUAAACGACUUUUAAGGAGGUGGAUCUGCCAUCCACUUAAAGAAAUUGAUGAUAUUAAUGACAGGCUUAAUGUUGUUGAGGGCUUAAUAAAUAACCCAGAAGUGAUUUCUGUUAUGUCCCAGUAUCUGUGUAAGCUCCCAGAUCUUGAUAGACUGUUGGGGCGUGUCAAGGCAUCUGUUGGUUCCUCAUAUGUGCUUUUGUUGCCUUUGAUUGGUGCAAAGAUGUUGAAACAGCGGAUCAAAGCGUUUGGUUUACUUAUAAAAGGGCUUAGGAUGGGGAUGGAUUUGUUGAUGAUCUUACAAAAAGAGCAUAAAGUUUCUUUCUUGUCGAAGAUUGUGAAUCUACCUGUGCUGAGCGAGCUUAAUGAUCUACUUAAACAGUUAGAAGCAGCUAUGAGUGAAGAUUUCCCUCACUACCAGGACCAUGACGUAAAAGAAUCAGAUGCUGAAACAUUGUCUGCGUUAAUUGAGCUAUUUGUUGCAAAGGCUGCAGAUUGGUCUCAAGUCAUCCAUGCGCUCAACUGCAUUGAUGUAUUACAGUCUUUUGCUGCAAGUGUAAUCUCAUCGGCUGGUUCUAUGUGCAGGCCUGUUCUCCUGUCAGCAAAACCUUCAUCUAGUUUCGUCCAGGGAAGUUGUGGACCCAGGCUUUGUAUUAAAGGUUUAUGGCAUCCAUAUGCUAUUGGAAAUAAUGAGAAUGGCCAAGUCCCCAAUGACAUUAAUCUUGGUGAAGACGCUACUGAGCAACAGCCAUGUGCAUUGCUGUUGACUGGGCCAAAUAUGGGUGGAAAAUCAACACUCUUGCGUGCAACCUGCCUUGUGGUCAUACUUGCUCAGUUGGGCUGUUAUGUGCCUGGUGAAAAGUGCACACUCAGUCCUGUGGAUGUUAUUUUUACACGACUUGGUGCAACUGACAGGAUCAUGUCAGGUGAAAGCACCUUUUUUGUUGAAUGCUCGGAAACAGCAUCAGUUCUUCGAAAUGCAACUCAAGAUUCUCUUGUAUUGCUUGACGAGCUUGGUAGAGGGACGAGCACUUUUGAUGGAUAUGCAAUUGCCUAUGCUGUACUGCGCCACCUGGUGGAAAAUGUUCACUGCCGGUUGCUCUUUGCCACUCAUUACCAUCCCUUGACAAAAGAAUUCGCUUCUCAUCCACAUGUGAACAUGCAACACAUGGCCUGCACUUUUGACCGGAAGAUCAACGGCGAACAAGAACUGGUUUUCCUCUACCGCCUCGCAUCAGGAUCUUCUCCUGAGAGCUAUGGCUUGCAGGUUGCUCUCAUGGCAGGGAUUCCCAAAUCAGUUGUUGAAGCAGCUUCAACUGCUGGUGACCGAAUGAAGCUUAUGAUUAGUGAAAAUUUCAAGUCCAGUGAACUGAGAGCUGAAUUCUCCACUCUCCAUGAAGAAUGGCUGAAAUCCAUAUUAUCUCUUUCAAGUAGCAGCAGAGACUGCUGGGAUGAGGAUACCUCUGACACGAUCUUGUGCUUGUGGCAUGAAAUGAGAAGCUUAUACAGGUAUGAUUGUUUUAAUAAAUUAGCUUGAUAUUACCAUAUUUGCUGCAACUUUUAUUUUGGGUUUCGGUCUCUUCAUAGGAUAGGAAGAGAAAGCUUUUGCUUUUUAGAACGCAAAUUUGCAUUUGUUUGUAUAUGGAGGAACAUAUGCUAUUUGGCAAAAGCUAAGGCUAUAUAAAUGAGUAGGAGAUAAGAUAUGUUGGGAUA